CGUCACCAGUUCUGGGCGUGUUGUUCACAAUAGGGUCUAUAAAGGCCUGUGAUCUCUGCUACUGAGUACACAAAGCAUUACUGCAGCCACAAACUCCCUCAACGAGCUCUCAUCUUUCAAAAAAAUCAAAAAUCAUGCAGGCCGAGGAAUACAAUCGCAGAGGUAAGGAACUGGUGGACUACAUCACGCAGUACCUGACCUCCAUCAGAGAGAGGAGAGUGAUUCCGGAUGUGAAACCGGGCUACAUGAAGGAGCUUCUCCCCGACACUGCGCCUGCAGAGCCCGAGGACUGGGAGAGUAUCUUCAAUGACAUUGAGAAAGUCAUUAUGCCAGGAGUGGUUCACUGGCAGAGUCCACAUAUGCACGCUUACUACCCCAGUCUGACCUCAUGGCCCUCCAUGCUUGGUGACAUGCUGGCUGAUGCCAUCAACUGUGUCGGAUUCACCUGGGCUUCCAGUCCAGCGUGCACAGAGUUGGAAAUGCAUGUGAUGGACUGGUUGUGUAAAGCGCUCGGGCUUCCCCGCUUUUUCCUGCAUCACCAUCCGGACAGCAGAGGUGGAGGCAUACUGCAGAGCACAGUCAGUGAGAGUACGCUUGUUGCUCUGCUGGCGGCCAGGAAAGACAAAAUCUCUCAGCUGCGGGCCGAGCUCGACCAGGACGUGGAUGACUCUAUCCUCAAUGCGAGGCUGGUGGCCUACGCCUCAGAUCAGGCUCACUCUUCAGUUGAGAAGGCGGGACUGAUCUCGCUGGUGAAGAUCAGGUUCCUGCCCACUGAUGAUCAGCUGUCCCUGAGAGGAGACACUUUAAAACAAGCCGUACAGGACGACAGGAGGAUGGGACUGGUGCCAUUCAUGCUGUGUGCAACUCUGGGAACUACAGGCGUGUGUGCCUUUGACAAGCUAUCAGAACUGGGACCAGUGUGUAGUGAAGAAGGACUGUGGCUUCACGUUGACGCCGCUUACGCCGGCUCAGCCUACUUCUGUCCUGAGCUGCGCUGGUCACUGGACGGCAUCAACUACGCUCACUCUUUUGUCUUUAACCCGUCCAAGUGGAUGAUGGUCCAUUUUGACUGCACAGCUUUCUGGGUAAAGGAUAAAUACAAGCUACAGCAAACCUUCAGUGUCGAUCCUGUUUACCUCAGGCAUGAAAACUCACAGGCAGCCACCGACUUUAUGCACUGGCAAAUCCCCCUCAGCCGUCGCUUCCGUUCGCUCAAACUCUGGUUUGUCAUGCGCUCCUUUGGACUGAAGAACCUCCAGGCUCACAUCAGACACGGGAUUGAAAUGGCAAAGCUCUUGGAGUCUCACAUUAGGAGUAACCCAAAUUUUGAGGUUCCUGCCGAGAGACAUCUUGGACUCGUGGUCUUCUGUCUGAGAGGAGGGAAUGCUUUGACCCAGGAGCUGUUGAGGAGACUGACCAGGUCGGGCACCAUGUACCUCAUCCCUGCGGACAUUCACACCAAGCGCGUCAUCCGAUUCACGGUGACGUCACAGUUCACGACCGCAGACGACGUCCUCAGGGACUGGGACGCCAUCUCCAAAACGGCCUCCGCUCUUCUGACCGAGCACCUAAACUCAGGCGAGGAGGAGGAGGAGGUGAGAGGAGCAGAAGCACACCAAGACGAAGGCUUGGACUCUGGGUCAGACGAGAAGGAGGACACCGCGUCCAGGCUGGACAAAGCUCUGGUGGAGCUGUGGAUCGACAAGGCUUGGAAUCGACCCAGGAAAACCAUGCGCUCUCUUAGCUGCAGCUGUGAACCCCUGCCUUACACUUACACUGGGCCGGGCUCCGGCUAUGACUUUGACAGGAGGCCUAAUCUCAAUGCUGCGGCUGCUCUCCCUGCACCAUCACCGACCGAAUCCAGCGCUGAAUUAAAUAUCACAGAAAUGCCUUCAGAUCUUCUGGGUAAACAGGUCCUGAAGAAGCUAACAAAGUUUUACAGCGUGCCCAGUUUCUGCAACCAGUGGGCACAGUGUGGCUGGCCCCAGCUGUGCUGCCCCCUGAACGUUUCACAGGCAGCUCAGAAACACUCGAGCUGUAAAAGAAUUAACUGCAUAUCUUCUCCUCCUACAGACACCAGAGCUCCCUCUUCCACUCCGCUGGAAAGUGCCUCGACACCCAAGCUCCUGCAGUGAACCUGAAAGCAGCGUUGCCUUUGUUGGUGCUAAAGCAGCCAUAGUCACAUCUUGGCCAGUGGAAGAUUGCUAUAAAUCUAUAUCAGUUAAUAAGAUGACUCAUAUAGAAUCAUGUUUUUCAAGUCUUUAUUAAAAUUUCUUUCAAACAACA